AUGCAUGUCAUUAUUUACAUGCUCAUUUUUCUCGUUCUGGGAGAGAAUCUCACUGCAAUAAAUGCUCAAACUACUAACUCAACUUCAUCAGAAUCUUCGGGUGGAAAUGAUGUAUCUUUAAAAGAAAUUAUUACUACGGGAAAGUUCGAUUUUGUUGGAUAUUUGAAAAAUAAUCAGAUAGAAAGCUUCUUCUUUGCAUUUGUUAUCUGGUUUUAUCUUGUUACGUUAUGUUAUACUUGCAGCGCUUGGUAUGAUGAUAGCACCGGUAGCAGUAACAAUUUCGGUGUAUAUCCUGAUAAGGAAAAAGAUAAGACAACACUUUCAUUGUUUUGGUAUUUGAUGGCUAGUAGUGAUGAUGUCAAUGCACUUAUGCGAAAAAGAGUUGGAAUUGUGGCAAUAUUCAGAAAUUUAACAUUUUUAAUAAUCAGUCUUAUUUAUGCAAUAGCUCAGAAUCUUACAAUCUCAGGAGUUGCAAAGAUAAUAUUUAGUCUAGUUUUUUUUAUAAAAGGUUCUAUGACAAUCAAUAUGGCAAUAAAAAAAGAUAGAAAAGAAAGCGAAAAAGAUGAAGUAGAUAAUAGUAACACGCUUGGGCAUGAAUAUUUGUAA